AUGGACUCGACGGACGAGGAAAAAGACCAGCAACUCGAGCGCGACGAUUCACUCACCGACCUGGCUUCCUCCGCGAGCUCGUCGUUCGCGCUGUCCGCUCUCUGGACCGAAAAUUCCUCCCGCAGCACCAGCGCCAGCUCCUUCGACAUCGCGAGCUCCAGCGAGAUCCCUCUCUCCGAGGUCGAGCUCGCCACGGCGGCGAUGGAGGUCGCGGCGAGGGAGAAGUGCGUCGGACAUAAGAACAACCGAGUGGUGAGCUGGGGAUCCACUUCGGUGAUCGGGAGGCGGUGCGAGAUGGAGGACGCUGUCGCUAUUGUCCCGUGCUUCAUUUCCCGGACCUGCAGCCACAUCGGCGGGUGUGCCGCCCCCGGUUCCAGAACCUCCGGCGAGGUCUCUCCCGUCUAUUUCUUCGGCGUUUACGACAGCCACAACGGUUCUAAGGAAACGGCGAAGAAAACAGUACCGGUGGCCACCGCCGGUGGGUUUGAUGAUGAUCGAUGGCAGAGAAGGUGGCCAGCUACGUUCACCGGUGGGUUCGAGAAGGCUGACGACGAGAUACUAGCUGAAGCGGUUGCUCCGGAGAUCGUCGGCUUUGGUUGUGGUGGUGUCUUGUUGCCAGAUUAUUACUUCCAACUGUGGGGAUUCCUCUGUGUUGCUUUGCCGUGGGACACAAGCUAUCCCUUUGAGCGUUGA